GCUGCGGGGAGGCGGCCGGCGGGCGGCGCCGCGAGUCAGUAGCUCAGAGAGCGCGGGAUCCGGACAGCCGCGCGCUGAGGGUCUCGGGGCGAGUGCCGCGGGACGUCGCCGGGCCAUGGCAGCUCCUGUCAAAGGGAACAGGAAGCAGUCCGCAGAGGGUGACAUCCUAGAUCCACCUGCAUCCCCCAAACCUGUUGGCGAGCAGAACGGGAGCCAGAACCCCAUCCCACUGGAGGACUCCCCCGAGGCAGGCGGGGAGCGGGAGGAGGAGCAGGAGCGGGAGGAGGAGCAGGCCUUCCUGGUCAGCCUCUACAAGUUCAUGAAGGAGCGACACACGCCCAUCGAGAGGGUGCCCCAUCUCGGCUUCAAGCAGAUUAACCUGUGGAAGAUCUACAAGGCAGUGGAGAAGCUGGGGGCCUAUGAGCUGGUGACCGGGCGCCGCCUCUGGAAGAACGUGUACGACGAGCUGGGGGGCAGCCCGGGCAGCACCAGCGCGGCCACGUGCACGCGCCGCCACUACGAGAGGCUGGUCCUGCCAUAUGUGCGGCACCUGAAGGGGGAGGAUGACAAGCCGCUGCCCACCUCCAAGCCCAGGAAACAGUACAAGAUGGCCAAGGAGAACAGGGGGGAUGAUGGGGCCACCGAGCGGCCGAAGAAGGCCAAGGAGGAGCGGCGCAUGGACCAGAUGAUGCCAGGAAAGACCAAAGCAGAUGUUGCUGACCCAGCACCGCUUCUUAGCCAGGAGCCCCCCAGAAACAGUACAGAACAGCAGGGCCGGGCCUCUGGGUCUUCUGUGUCCUUUGUGGGUACCAGCGGCUGCCCUGAGGCCUACAAGCGGCUCCUAUCCAGCUUCUACUGCAAGGGGACACACGGCAUCAUGUCACCACUGGCCAAAAAGAAGCUCCUGGCCCAGGUGAGCAAGGUGGAGGCCUUGCAGUGCCAGGAGGAGGGCUGUCGCCAUGGGGCGGAGCCCCAGGCGUCCCCAGCUGUUCACCUCCCAGGGAGUCCCCAGAGCCCCAAAGGGCUGACUGAGAAUUCCAGGCACCGGCUGACCUCUCAGGAGGGAUUGCAGUCCCCAGGUGGCAGCCUCAGGGAGGAGGCGCAGGCGGGCCCCUGCCCGGCAGCCCCCAUCUUCACGGGCUGCUUCCACACCCACCCCACCGAGGUGCUGAAGCCUGUCAGCCAGCACCCCAGGGACUUCUUCUCCAGACUUAAAGAUGGGGUGCUAUUGGGGCCUCCUGGCAAAGAGGGGCUGUCAGUGAAAGAGCCCCAGCUGGUGUGGGGCGGGGACGCCAACCGCCCUUCUGCAUUCCACAAAGGCGGCUCCAGAAAGGGCGUUCUCUACCCCAAGCCCAAAGCCUGCUGGGUGUCCCCCAUGGCCAAGGUCCCACCCGAGAGCCCCACGCUCCCGCCCACCUUUCCUGGUAGCACAGGCCUGGGCAGCAAGCGCAGCCUGGAGGAAGAGGGUGCUGCCCACAGUGGGAAGAGACUGCGGGCCGUGUCUCCCUUUCUUAAGGAGGCAGAUGCCAAGAAAUGUGGGGCCAAACCUGCGGGGUCCGGCCUGGUCUCCUGCCUUCUGGGCCCAGCCCUGGGGCCUGUGCCCCCAGAGGCCUACAGGGGCACCAUGCUGCACUGCCCGCUGAACUUCACUGGCACCCCAGGCCCCUUGAAGGGCCAGGCUGCACUCCCCUUCAGCCCCCUGGUCAUCCCAGCCUUCCCAGCCCACUUCCUGGCCACUGCGGGCCCCUCACCCAUGGCCGCUGGCUUGAUGCACUUCCCGCCCACGUCCUUUGACAGUGCUCUCCGCCACAGACUUUGCCCGGCCUCAUCUGCCUGGCAUGCACCACCAGUCACAACCUAUGCAGCGCCCCACUUCUUCCACCUCAACACCAAGCUGUAGGCCAGCCCAUGUGGAGUCGACCGGGGCCGACAGCGGGCAGGUGCUGCUGCUAGAGGGCUCUGGACUAGUGCCUGUUACCCAGGACACCCAGGCCAUGCCCCUGGCUGGGCAGCCUGGCACAAGUGAAGGAGGUGGUGGGAAAACUGGGUGUAUCUCAAGGCAGCAGGCUGAGCCCAGAGCAGAGGACCCAGUUGUUACAAGGCCCUGGGAGAGGGUGGGCAGCUCCCACUGCCCCAGAGCAGCGCUCAGAGCACCCAGGUUGCCCACGGAAAAUCCAAUAAACAGAAACGAAUGGGAAUCCACAUA